ACUAUCCGGGCAUUUUUCUCUUUAUAAUAACAUAGAAAAGUUUAUAGUUGAGGACUUUAAACAUAUACUGAGGGUGUUUGGGAUUCUUCUUAAUAAGGACUGAUUAACUUAUAUAAGUCAUAACUUACUCCAAAAUAAGCUAACCCAAACACCCCCACUAUGUAUAUGUUAAAGUUUGUUUAGUAAAAUCUUCGUAGUUGAUUUUUGCAGCCGUCUUGUCCACUUUGUCUGUCCCCACCACCAUCGCUUUUCUAUCAUUCAAGCGCUUAAAAAGUGUGCAAUCAUCUUCACCGGCUCCCCUCAACAACACCCACAAAAAUCCAACCAUACAAAAGAUUGCAAUUCAACUGCAUUACAUUUCAAAAUUUGAGGGAUGAAACUGCCCUACGAACCCAAAUCAGUUCUUGACAUCCGUCGAAGUCCACCCAGUCCAGUCAUCGGUUAUUCACCGGAUUUCAACUCUUUUGAUUAUAACAACACUUUGUUAUUAUCAUCAGAAGAAAAGUUUCCGGUGGAAAAUGAACAUACAAUGAUCACUCAUUUUGAAAAUUGGGAUUCUAAUUCUCUAAUGAGAGAAUUAGGUCUUUACGAUGACUAUUACAAAUCUAGUUGCCCUCUCGAUUUACCCGAACUCCCGCCCUUUUUUCCCUCCGAUUUCCAAACACUAAAUCAAUAUUCGAACCAAAACCUUUUUGAUUUGAUAACCCAGCAUGAUGACGUAAACGAGUUCGAUUUUACCGAUGACUUGAUCCUACUAGCCGAGUCCUUCGAAACGCAGUCGUUUCAGCUGGCUCAAGUGAUAUUAGCUCGGCUCAAUCAGCGGCUCCGUUCACCUACAGGAAAACCGAUUCAAAGAGUUGCGUUUUAUUUCAAAGAAGCGAUUCAGAGUCUGCUCACCGGGUCAACUCGUGGCUUUAACACUUGUACAUCUUACGAAAUCGUACAAGUGAUUCAAGCGUACAAGACGUUCUCAACUGUCUCACCGAUCCCGAUGUUCUCCAGUUUCACCGCCAAUCAAGCGAUCCUUGAUGCAACGGACGGUGCGAUGAAUGUCCACGUCAUCGAUUUCGACAUCGGCCUCGGCGGUCAAUGGUCGUCGUUUCUGAAAACGGUGGCGGAGAAGGCCGAGGCUCGGAAGGUUAAUCCACCGGCGGUGAGGAUCACCGCCGUAGUUCCUGAAGAAUACGAACCGGAAUCUAUAUUAAUUAGAGAUAAUCUAUAUCAAUUCGCUACAGAUCUGAAAUUACGUUUCGAAAUUGAAUUCGUUUCGAUUCGAGUGUUCGAAUACCUAAUGUUUAAAUCGAUUAGGUUAAUAAACGGAGAGAAAACAGCGGUUGUUCUCUCACCUAACAUUUUCCGACGUAUCGGAUCUGAAUUUGUAACUGAUCUCCGGCGAGUUUCGCCGGAGAUUACAGUGUGCGUUGACGCGGAAUUGAACGGAUUCGGAACGGCGACGGUGUUCCGGCAGACGGUGAUUGACGGUUUGAAACUGUACACGACGGUGUUGGAGUCGUUGGAAGCGGUUAAUGUAGGUGGAGGUGACUGGAUGAGGAGUAUUGAGAUGUUCGUAUUGUUGCCGAAGAUAAUGGCGACGGUGGAGUACGGCGGGCGGUGUGUGACGCCGUGGAGGGAGGCGUUGGUUAGGGCGGGGAUGAAGGCGGUGGGGAUGAGUCAGUUUGUUGAGAUUCAGGCGGAGUGUUUGGUGAGGCGGUUGCAGGUGAGAGGGUUUCAUGUGGUGAAGCAACAAGCGGAGAUGGUGCUUUGCUGGCAUGAUAGGCCACUUGUUGCCACGUCGGCAUGGACUUGUUAGUUUUUUUAACGGCGUUAGCUCCGAUGUCUCUCCUAAAGGGUCAUUUUUAACGGCGUUAGCUUGAUAACAAGGAUGUUUCUCUUAAAGGGUCAUAACACUUAUCAACCUCGCAAUGGACUUGUUAAUUGAUAAGUAGUGUGUGUGUGAUUUGGAUUUAGGAAGGGUUUGAAGGGUGGGAAUAAUAAUACUUGUGAUCAUGGUUGCAAAAGUCGCUAGGCGCUCCCUAGUCGGAUUCGGGAGUACUCGGGAGGUACUCGGGAGUAUUCGGGAGUACUCGGGGAGUAAUUGGCCUGGGAGAAGAGUACUCGUGCCUCGGCAACCUACCUUGUAGCGAGUACUCAGGGAGUACUCGGAGCCUAGUCGGGACUUUUACAACCAUGCUUGUGAUUAGUGGGGAAGAUUGAUGUUGUAGAUGCAUGUUGAGAGUAUAUAGUAUUAGUAUUUAUUAACUAUGAAGCAAUGAUGACUGAUUUACGAUUGUUAACACCAAGCUCUUCAUCAAUGACGUUGCAUUUCCAAGAAAGUCACUAAAUUGUUUCAUCAAAUACUUUUGAAAGUAGGGUUGUUGUUAAAGGAACUCGUUACUCGAAACUCGCUAAAAGAAUUCUAUAAGGUGUGUUUGAAAUCAGUUAGCAACCGAAUAACCCAAUAGUAGUCAAUUCCCAAUCAUUCUAAACCUAAGGUUUAUAUCAAGUAGUGGCUCGGUAUUCCAAUUGUCUACUUUGUCUUUGCAUCUAUCAUUUAUAUCAAGCAUGGAAUUCAUAUCA